GUUCACUGGACGUCGGCCACGUGAAACGAUCGGCUCGGCGGAGAGUCUCCCCGGUUCUCUUCGCUCCUCUCCCUUUCGCACGCAUUUCUCUCGCGUUUCUCCCUCGGGGAUCUCUCCCCUCGCGCGUUCUGCCCGCCGAUCCUCGGGGGUCCACGAACCGCGCGGAGAGGAAGGAAUCCGCACGGCGCGCCGGCGAAAGCAGAGAAAGCCUCGCCUCGGCUUAUCGAUCGUUAUUAGGCUUUUAUUAGACGGAAGUGUUGUCGAUGCCGAGCAAAGGGUACAUCUUCACGGGGGGUCGUGUUAACUUAAGUGAAAAUAUCACCGUGAGGUCCGUGUCAGGGGCUGUGACCACCACCUCCUUUCCCUUAAUUCCCGCACGAUCUGUCGGAGAGUCCGGUCCCGGUGCUGCUCGAGGCAACACGCUCUUCCUCUUCGACACCUCCGACGACGGAUGAUCCAUCGUGAACGAUACAACCGAGCUGCGCGGAACUUCCGGACCGGAUACGGACGGGUUACGCGAUCCGUGGAGCCCGACGCGGCCCGCCGAGGAUUCUUCGCCGAGUGAACAGUGAAGUUCGAGGAUUAUGGCCGGCGCGCGUACGGUGCAUUAGAAUUCGUGGCUGGGACACCGGCUGAGUUAUCGCAGGAACGUUCGGACAGGAACACGGAACACGUCUUGCAAAUUGCGACUUCCGAAGUUCGAUAACGGGGGCCGGCCGGAAAGGCCGGAGCGGCUGACCGGACGCCGCGGUAUCGUGCGGAUGAUGUUAUCUGGCUCGUAAUCGCGCGCGCGAACAUGCUGGAUAGGGAUCGCGCGCCUUCCGGAAGCCCCGGGUGUUUCUGAUCGAGGAUUUUUACGAUCGCGGGACGAUGCUCGCUUUUCCGUGCUCCUGACGAAUAACGGCGUUCUUUGGAAGAGUGAAAGGAGCUCGAGGUGGCGACGAUGGAGGCGCGAGAAAAAUCGCUCGAAUGGGCGCUGCUCUUCCCGCUGAAGGCGGGUCUGUUCGCCAUGAAGUGGUCCCUGUCUUCGCGCAGCGUGAACCGCGAGAAGGAGAGGAUCGCGAAGAGCAAUCAGCUGCUGCCGAAUCUCAGGAUGCGGCGUGGCUCGUCGUUAUCGGAUCUGGACAAGUUGCACAGCAAGCCGAUCCUGCCGGACAUCGUGAGGUCCACGGAGAAAUGCUCCGAGUCGCUUCCGCACUCGCCGGCCCUGUCCAGGACGAACCUGCAAUUAGGGAACGCUUAUGUCAGAGGCAGCAUCGGCGACCUGAUCAACAUGAAGAAGUACGGCGCGUCUACGUGGAGCGUCAGGAGCGAGAGUCUCGUCGCCAGAGCUGUGCCACUUAGCACCGUCACACCGAGACACAGUCCUCCGCUGGAGAAAAGCGUCGAGGAUCUGGAGGACGAGAUACAGGACGAGUGGCACUCGCCUGGGAAGCCUUUAACCUGCGCGCAGAGAACCCAGCGGCUGAGUAAACUGAUCAAGAAGCAGAGGCGCAUGAUGGUCUUCAGCCCGAAUGCUCUGCAACGGGAUACUGUGAGUAACACAAUCUGUCCAAUAUUUUCGCGACUCGAAUCGAUCCGUGGCGCCAGAUCGUUGGUCGCAGCUCGAAAGCUCAAAAAGCUCGAAAGUUCAAAGCUCAAGAUUUAUAAAGCGCAAUGUUCAAAAAGCUCGAAAGCUCAAAGCUCAAGUUUCAUAAGCGCAAUGCUCAGAAAGUUCGAAGGUCAAAAGCUCAAGUUUCAUGAGCGCAAUGCUCAAAAAGCUCGAAAGCUCAAAAAGCUCAGGAUUCAUAAGCUCAACGCUCAAAAAGCUCGAAAGCUCAGAACUCACAAGCUAAGUGCUCAAAAAGCUCGAAAGCUCAAGACUCGCAAGCUCAAUGCUCAUGAAGCUCGAAGCUUGAAAGCUCAAAGCUCAAAGCUCAAAAUUAAGUGUUUGAUAUCGGACGUUCUAGGUUCUUCUAAAACAUGUACAAUUCCACGGGUCCAUAUGAUCUAUUAUGCUAUCCAAGCAGACAAUUUUGACUCCUGCAUGUAUUUGAUUAAAUUGAAUAGGAUAGAAUAG